ACACACAACACAUCAGACUUUUAAACCUCUGGCUUUAAAUCUUUUCUGGUUAAAGUUGGAUUUAAACUCCUCCAUUGCUUUCGUGACUUUUCACCUUCUCUAAUUUGGGUGUUUUGUCUUCCUCUGUGACUGUGUUAAAUUGCUGGCGGGUAUAAUGGCUCUAGGAGUGUUCAAUUCGCAAGGGAAAAGCUCCCUGAGUGGGAGCACAUCUUUUGACCAUAGUUCUAUAGAGGAACAGGAACCUCCACCUCCACUCCGUAGCUACCUUUGUUUGACUAUAUUCACCUGCUUUUGUCCUGCGCACCCUGUCAACAUCGUGGCCCUGGUCUUCUCUAUCAUGUCUAGGAACAGCUAUUAUGACGGUGACUACGAUGGCUCCCGACGGCUUGGCAAGAACGCCCUCUAUGUUGCUAUUGCCUCCAUCAUCAUCGGCCUCCUCGUCGUUGCCAUCACCUGCAUCGUGCAUUUUACCACCAUGGAUUUUUAGCGCUGUAGAAGUGGAGAGAGGGGGGAGAAGACAAAUGAGACAAAUUUCUCAGAGGACAUGAUGACAUGAGCUUAUCUCUGGAUGGGCUCAGACGGCUGCUUCAAACCAUCUUAAAGGACUCUGACUUUACUCAUGUUUACAGUUGUGCGAUUCAAUUUGUGCAUCCUGACUUCUCAUAUUUCCUGUUCUCCAUGCGGACAAUCAAGGACUAUAUGAUCUGUUGAAUCCAUAUACAUUUCAGUCAUUAAUUUUAGUGAUUCAGAGUUAAACUGGCAGCUUCAACAAAUGUGUAGGGAAAUCCACAGUUCAGAGCUAUUUUUUGUUUUUGCUGUGACCCAGAUGUGGAAAAAUGUAUUUUCACUGUUGUUUUUUUGCUCAAUUAAAUGCUGCUAAACAUAUAAUAAACUGUCUAUAGCUUUAUCAGAAUACAUAUUUUAUCCAUAACUUAUUCUGCAGGAGUGAAUUUUAAAAAAAGAAACAAACAAAACAACCACUUUUAUUUACUGUCAUUUGCCUAAUAUUCUUAAACUUUGUUAGAAAUAUUAGAUGUAGAUAUCUGUGCUACAACAUUUUUAUUUGUGAUUAUGAUAUUGUGUCUGCCUGUGCUAACAAAACUUAUUUU